UUUUAUUAAAAAAAAGUGACAUUGAAGAAAACUCCGGAAAUGAGACAUCUUGUGUUUUGAUUGUGUUUAUAUAUAAAAUUUUUGUGUUUCUUUAUUCUAUCAUCAGAACAUCUAAUAAAAUUAAGGCCAGUUGGGAUUAUACACUUACAUCAUGUCCGAAUCCUAUGAAUACUUGUUCAAAUUCCUCGUUAUUGGAAGUGCGGGUACAGGAAAGUCGAGCCUCCUUAAUAACUUUAUUGGCAACAAAUUCAAAGAAGAUAGGUGUCAUACUAUCGGAGUAGAAUUUGGAUCUAAAAUUGUGAAUAUAGGAGGUAAAUCUACCAAAUUACAAAUUUGGGAUACUGCGGGGCAAGAGAGGUUUCGUUCUGUGACACGGUCAUACUACAGAGGGGCUGCUGGUGCUCUAUUGGUAUAUGACAUCACAUCCCGGGACUCGUUCAAUGCUCUAUGUAACUGGUUGAGAGACGCGCGAACUCUCGCUAGCCCCAACAUUGUCAUAUUACUUGUUGGAAAUAAGAAAGAUUUGGAAGACUCCAGAGAAGUUACAUUUACGGAAGCUAGUCAAUUUGCUCAGGAAAAUGAAUUGGUGUUUCUUGAGACCAGUGCUAAGACAGGUGAAAAUGUAGAGGAGGCUUUCUUGAAAUGCUCUAAAACUAUCCUAGCCAAGAUUGAAGCUGGUGAGUUGGAUCCAGAAAGAAUAGGUUCUGGUAUACAGUAUGGUACUGGAGCAUCCAAGCGACUGACGGCACCAAGGAGCAAACCUGCACGGACACCUUCAGAAUGUGCCUGUCGUGUAUAAAAUUAUUAUUUAUUUCUAAGGCAAAUUUACAUUAGGCCCGAUAUACACUAAACUUGUAAGUUUUACUUGUGUAAGUCGGGACAAAGCUAUUUGUUCUCUCUCUCUCUUUAGCCUUUUUCUACCCUUUGGGUGUAGGCCUCCUUCAUUGUGCGCCAUUCGUCGCGGUUCUGUGCGACUUGGAGCCACUGUUUCCCCGCAGUCUUCUUAAUGUCGUCGUCCCAACGCAUCUGGGGGUCUACUUU